UGAAGCAAGCUAGUGCAGUCAGCCGAGCACAAUUUACUGUUGCACAUGUUUGUUUUGUUUAGCCUAUGUGUUUAGCCUAGCUAGCCACAACCUCUAAGCUGCAACAUCUUUUAAACCACAAGUGCCGCUGAACUCAUACUAAAACACAAUGAAACCCGCAGUGGACGAGAUGUUUCCUGAAGGAGCCGGACCCUACGUGGAUCUGGACGAGGCAGGAGGCAGCAGCGGCCUGCUUAUGGACCUGGCAGCCAAUGAAAAAGCAGUGCACUCUGAUUUCUUUAAUGACUUUGAGGAUCUGUUCGAUGACGAUGACCUGCAGUGAUGAGCAUCAGCAUCUGUGUGUUUCUGUGAACGUGUACAUAAGAAAAGAAAUUAUGAAAAUGGGCUUAUUCGGACUAUGCGUUCUCUCUGAUUUGUACAGCCCCCUCCUCCUACAUGUCACUUACCACCAAACUGAAAUAAAGACUUUGUUUUUACAAAAAAAAAAAAAAAGCUGCCGUGGUAAACCAGGUGUCUGAGAAUCCCUUACAUUCCAGCUUUAAAGAAAAUUAUGAGUAUAGUUUUGCCGUCUUCGUGUUUGAAUCUGCUCCCGACUGGAUUGUAGGUUUGUGGGCUCUGCCAAACACCUGUUAGCAAACUUAAUUACAUACGAGAUUCAGUGUUAACAUGGCCACUAAAUGUCCAGUUGGGGCACGAUAGGACAGGAAAAGGGGCUGCAAAAAAUGUGGAAAUGCUUGAAAAAAAUACAGAGCAACUAAAGCGUUCAGGUGUAGACUCUACAAAUAUCAUAAAUAGGGAAAAUGGAAUGCGAUUUGACUUUUAUUUUCAGAUUAGAAUUAUGUGCCUUCAACUAUUUAUUGAUAGUUGUAUGAAUUUGAGAUAAAAUUGCAUUUUUUUAUAAACUUUCUGAGAUGAUGCAGGCCCACCUAAACCAGCUGCAGGUGUAGGCUUAAAAGAUAAGACUAAGAAAAUAUAAAACUUCAGUUUAAUGUAUUUACAUCAUGCAUGUACAUUAGAAUUGUAAACAUAUUGCAGAAUUUACCUCAGAGACAUAAAGGUAACUGAUCUGGGCAUGUGAUUACAGUUUAAAGAAGCUACAAUCCAUGACCAAAAGUAUGGAUGCCCCAACGACUAUAUCUCAAUUUAUUAAAAGGAUCAUUUGAAUCUGCUGCUAUAACAGGCUACACUCAUCUGGGAUGAGUUAUUGUCAUGUUAAACCAGGAAAAGGCAUUCCACCAAGUGUUGCCGCAAAAAUUGGAUGCCACCAAAUAGUAACUUAAAGAGCCCAGAAACCUAUAUUCUAAACCAUCUUCUUACUAUGAGCAACAUAUUCCUACUUAAGCACAGAAAUGUCUGCCAAAAUUGCAACAACUUUGGUUAUUUCACAUGAGAAAUCUCUGUAGUUUUUGCUCUCUUGGGAAAAAAGAGGCGAUGUCACAUACGUCUGUGUGCUGAUCAGAAAUGAGCAAUAUUUAAUCAAAAUGGGAUCACACAGCCACAUUGUACUGAUGAAGCAGAUAAGCUUGGGUUUUUGAAUGUUGAACUCUUGAUAUAUAAUACAUUUUUUCAAAAACCUUUAAGUCUUGAGUUUUAAGUUUCCACGGUCUUUACGAUUUUCC